UCAUCAUUAUCUUGAACAGCAGAAGGCAUGGCUGUCAGGACUCACAAUGCAUGUGAUUCAUCCAGCAGCUCCCCUUCCAGCUUAACACUGUUUUUGUGAAGCGGCCUGUGGAUGAACCACGUGUGGAAGAAGGAGCUUCAUCAUYGGCUGUGGCUGAGGAACUCGCCGUAGGAAGCCUAGAGUCUCACCCGUGGCCCCACCUGAAGGACUAUUUAAUUUUUGACUGGAAAGAUAAGUCGAAUGAAAAUGCUAUGGACUUUCAGUGUGCCCUGUGCCAACCAAACAUAGUGAUGAUCAAUGGAAAAUUGAAGAGGGUUUUUGAUUUGAAGUCGCACAUCAGCCAAAAACAUCCAACACAUGAUGCACAGUUCAACUCGGCAAUCAAGUCCGGGUCCUUACAUGGAAAACACAGACUCUCUGUGGAGAGCAGUGCCAGUGCAAGCAGCAGCAAGUCAUCUCAACCGAAGAGAGCACGGCAGCCCAGCCUUGCUGAAACUUUCUUUAAAUCGUCCUCCACUGAUGUAAAGCAGUCAAUGGUGGACAGACAGAUUCUCGACAUGUUUGUCCACAACAUGCUACCACUGCAUGUGGUGGAGUCCCCCACCUUUGUUGGCCUGAUCAAGCUGUUAAACCCCACCAAGUCAUCUAUGUCUCRCCACACCCUAGGCAGGAGGAUUUUGGCCCGCCAUGGACAGCUGGAAGAGCAUCUGAGGAGAUUGUUCAAGAACAUCCCAUGGAUUGCAACUACUGCCGACUGCUGGUCUGCCCACAACAAGUCGUACCUGGGGAUGACGGCACAUUGGCUGGACCCUGAGACCCGUGCAAGACGACACGCUGUCCUGGCCUGUACGAGACUCAAAGGACACCACACCUUUGAUGUUAUUGCUCAGGCUAUGGUUGACACUCAUUAUAAGUUCAACCUACAACACAAGGUGAUCAGGACUACAACGGACAACGCAAAAAACUUUGUGAAGGCCUUUGUACAGUUUGGUACAGAGGCUGAACUCUUGCCAGACAUUUGUGAGGCUGCUGGUGAUUCAGCUGAUGAGGUCAUCCAGGAUGCAGAUCCAGAGGCUGGGCCUUUGGAAGAUGUGGAGUACAUUUCUGUUGAUGCUAUCCUCGAUGAGCCCAGUGGCGUGGACCGCAAUCUGCCCGUACACAUGAAGUGUGCCGCCCACACAUUUAACUUGGUAGCGAGUGUUGAUGCUGACAAGGCUCUUGAAAGUGCUUCAUUCAAGUCAGCCUACAGGAAGUCCAUGGCCUAGGCACAGGGACUGUGGAAUCUUCAGAGCUGCAGCACAGUGGCAGCAGACAGCCUAUUUGACGCUCUGAAGAGGAGGCUGGUGGUUCCCAACGGCACCAGAUGGAACUCCAUGCACUACUGGCAGGCAUUACAAAAAGAUCUGGGCAACUUCUAGAAGAUCAGGAUUGCCAGCUGGCUGCUGCCUUUCAUCCCAAGUUUCGCCURUUCUGGCUGGAGAAGUUUGAUAGCAGCCAGGUUGGCAGAGUGGUUAAAGCCAUGGAGUCUGUCGUACAAACAGUCCUGGAGGAAGUCUCUGAUGUGGACUUCGUUAACUCCCCCAGCAAUGAUGAGGAUGAGGAAGAUGAUCUCUUCAGCAGCAUCACACGGCCCAGUGAAAGCAGGAGCGAAUUUGCACUGAAGUUAAAAGCACAGAUCAUGGUGAAGAGCUGGCUGGAGACACCCUCAAAGGCUGUGUGGACUAAUGCUGCCUUUUUGGGUGAGAAGUUACUCAUUAAUCUGUUCACCAAAUAUAACACACCCGUCCCCUCCAGUGCAGCAGUUGAACGCCUGUUCUCGAUGGGAAAAGACAUUUUGAGGGCCAAGAGAGCAAGCUUGUCUGACACCAAUUUUGAAGUGCUGAUUUUUAUGAGAGGCAACCAGCAUCAUAUGGAGGAGAUGAGCACAGAUCAGUUAGAGUAGCUGAAUUUGAAGAAGGGCAGGAAAUAAAACUGUUAAGAAUGUUUUUUUUUUCUGUUUCUUAUGCCUUAAUAGACAUUUUGUUUAUUGAUUUGUUUGUAUACCUUUUUAAUUUUUUUUAAUCACAUUUUAUUUACUGAUGGCCACGCUUUUUGUGUUGAUGUGUUAACUGAUGUGUUUUGUUUUCAGUAAUACAGCAAAAUAGUGGCUGAAAAUGUUUUUUUUAAUUUCUUUUUGUUCAUUCACAAAGCUUUUUGAGUUUGUGACUGUUUUGUACACAAUAAAGUUGCUGAAAACAUU